UGUGAGGAUGACAGCACAUGAAGAUGGCGGAGGGCAAAGAAAAGUGAUGAAGACAGGACAACAAUGAAGACAACUUGUUCGAAAUAUACAGUCAAACACUUGUCUUUUGGCAAAUUGUUCCAAGGAAAUUCGUAAAAACAUCUCAUCAGACUUUGCCGAGGAAACGAACAAACAGCGUUCGUUGCUGAAGAUUUAUCUUGCUAGCUAGCUAGCUAGGUAGCUGGCCAACUAGUAUCUGCGGAAGAAGAGCCACAUUGCAGAUAGCUAGCUAGCUAACAGACACUUCUUGUUGAGCAACGUUAGUUUAUUAAACAUAUGUAGUGGUCGUCUCAUCAAUAAACUCUUGAGCGACUAUCCCUGAUACUUUGCCAGCUAGUUUGCUAAUUACUUAGCGGACGUUAGCAGGCUAACUAUUUUACAAGCAGGCUAGACGAGGCGUUUCAGUGAGAGAUUUUGGUCAUUCUUGAAAUAGGUGGAAACAGCUGGAAAGUAUGGCUCACUCUCCUAUACAGAGCAGCAUACCUGGGAUGCAGAACUUCCGAGCCGACCCAGAGAAAUUCUUCACCAAGCUGGAGAGGAUAGGCAAAGGCUCUUUCGGAGAGGUUUUCAAAGGCAUCGACAACCGGACGCAGAAAGUGGUGGCCAUCAAGAUCAUUGACCUGGAGGAGGCGGAGGACGAGAUCGAGGACAUCCAGCAGGAGAUCACCGUGCUGAGUCAGUGCGACAGCCCCUUCGUCACGAAAUACUACGGCUCAUAUCUCAAGGAUGCAAAGUUAUGGAUCAUCAUGGAGUACUUAGGAGGCGGCUCGGCUUUAGAUUUGCUGGAGCCAGGUGCCUUAGAUGAAUCCCAGAUCGCCACCAUCCUCCGGGAGAUCCUGCGUGGGCUGGAGUACCUGCACUCUGAGAAGAAGAUCCACAGAGACAUCAAAGCGGCCAACGUGCUGCUGUCGGAGCAGGGCGAUGUGAAGCUGGCAGACUUUGGCGUGGCGGGCCAGCUCACCGACACCCAGAUCAAGAGGAACACCUUCGUGGGCACUCCGUUCUGGAUGGCCCCCGAGGUCAUAAAGCAGUCUGCCUACGACUCAAAGGCAGAUAUCUGGUCGCUGGGCAUAACGGCCAUCGAGCUGGCCAAGGGAGAGCCGCCGCACUCGGAACUGCAUCCCAUGAAGGUGCUGUUCCUCAUCCCAAAGAACAACCCGCCCACCCUGGAAGGGAACUACUGCAAGCCGCUCAAAGAGUUCAUCGAGGCCUGUUUGAACAAAGAGCCUAGUUUUAGGCCGACCGCCAAAGAGCUGUUGAAACACAAGCUGAUUGUGCGGCACGCCAAAAAGACCUCCUACCUGUCGGAGCUGGUGGACAAGUACAAGAGGUGGAAGGCCGAGCAGUCCAGAGAGAGGGACGACUCCAGCUCAGAAGAGGAGACGGACGUCCAGGCGUCGGGGGGGAAAGAGUCCGGGAACGACGACUGGAUCUUCAACACCAUCAGGGAGAAGGACCCCAAGAAGCUCCUGAACGGGGCUUCUCCUCUGGAGCAGGUGGACCAGGUACAAGACAGUCCAAACAGACCUCUGUCCCAGAGCCUGUCCACCCUCAUCUCUCCGCUGUUCGCAGAGCUGAAGGAGAAGCGCAAGGCGGGCAGCGGCCAGGCCCAGGCUGUCGAGGAGCUGGAGCAGGCCGUGCUCCUGGCAGAGGAGGCCUGCCCCGGCAUUGCCGACGCCCUGGUGUCUGGACUGGUUCACCGACUCCAGAGGUUCUCUGUCCCCAGGGGCUCGACGUCCCAGUGACCUGCGGUGGAGCCUUCGUCUCCCAGCCCUCCUCCUCCAGGCCCCCCUCACUCAGCCCCCUCCACCCGGCCCUGCCCUGAGCCCCCCCAGCCAGGACCCCCAACCACCCCACCCCCCUCAGGGAGGGCCCCAGCACUGCAGCACACCUCACCACGCACACAUCCAGCAGGGAGGGGGGGGGGGGGGGAGGGCGGGGUCGCUUGGCUGCCUCUCUGGUUCCACCUGCUGCAGGACCCCUGGUCUCUACACCUCCCUCAUCCACGGCAGGUCACACUCAGGAUGGAGGUGGAUCAUGUGGAACGAUCGUCAUCAUCAUUGGUGUGGCUUAUUCCUAACGUCGUACUAUCAGCACCCUUUUGAAGAGUGUGUGUGUGUGUGUGUGUGUGUUGUGGUUGCGCGAGUGGGAUGCCCCGUGCAUGUGUGUGUGAAAGCCGUUCCCUUGAUACCCUGUGAACUGAACGGUGGAGUUCAUGCUCUGGAGAUGGAAGCAUUCUUUAGGAACCUCAGGUAUCUUGCUUUAAGUGGAUGAUAGUCCAGGAGGUGGAACGCACUUCAGCUGGUUGGCUGUACAAACGUGUAAAUAGGCUCAUUUUUACAGACAAAUAAUGGAGUGUAUGUAAAGGAAUCACUGUGUAAAUGGCCAAAUGCAAACUGUAGAUACUAUCAGAAAAGGUAAAUAUUUUAAGAGCGAUAAAUGGCCAUAACUGAGAUUGCCUUGCCUUGUAUUACUUGUUAUUUUGUAUUUCAAUCUUGGAUUUUCUCAUUUUAAUACGUUUAUUUCCAAGGACGCUGGUCCAUCGAAAGAAAAAUGGCCGAUGUCUGUCCUUUUCUUAGGCUGAUUGUAGCGAUUUGCUCGACGACUUUUGGUUUCCCGCUCUUUGUUUGGCCGUAGUUGUCCUACCCAGCCCUCCAGUCUCCACACUGACCCCUCCUAGCUGCAGGUCCAGGAGGCCACAUUGUACCACAUUUCUUGAGCUUUUCCUCAUUUCCGGAACAACUCGGUGUGGUGACAAGUUUCCCCUGUUUUACACACCAGUACUUUCUCUAUCUUCACUAGACACGAGUCUUCCUGGAAACAGUGGUACAAUCUGUUUCCUUACUGUACCAAGCGCUUGAAUUGCACUUCAAAUAGAAAUGCCUUUUUUACGAUAGAUAUAAAUCAGCCGUACGACAGUAGCUUGAUAACGAGGCUGCUGGGCUGUCAUGCUAGGUAGAAGAACUGUUCCCUGGGAUGUGGACUUUCUGGGCUUCAUAGAGUUAGUAUUGCAGCCUAACAGUAGAUGAGUAUACCCUGUGAUUCACACCAAGCAUGAGAAUCUUGAGCUGGAAGGUUCGCAGACGUGUCUGCAUAGACUAGUCAUAGGAUGGAGAGGACUUGGCCCGCUUUUGCCGAUACGAGAGCAGCAUCACGCCCGACCUCUCUGCCCUGCUCUGCUGCUAGUCUGACUCUGUAGUUUCACACGAAUGUGCAUGAAAAUAACUCCUGUGAGCUGACCCGUGCCGUAUGCGUUGUAGCAUACCAGAGGACUAGAUCAACGCGGUUUCCUGAACCUCGAGUGUUCAAAAUGAGCCUUAGCGUUUCUGUAGAGAGUGGGGGUGACCCAAGCUCAGCUUGACCAGAUUUGAGCCAAGCACUUUCCUUUUUGGCCAAGUCAAAAAAAAGAAUUCCUUUUUUUAAAUCUUUUUUUUUUUUUACGUGCCUGCAUCUACCAACAAAUGCAGCAAUAAUGUUUCAAAUGUGAGAUAUCUCAGCACAGUGAUUAACCUUCAAUCACAUAUCAUAGUGGAACAGAAAUAUGAACAAACCGUUUCACUGGAGUUCAAAUGUUUGUGUUCUUCUGACCUGAUAUCUUUGUUGUACCUGGGGUUGGAGAAGUCUUCAUCACACUUUUAUGGAAAAUGGUGCAAGGUCUCUCAUUUAACUCCUUGUCCCUCAUUAGUUUAAGGCUAAAAUCCCAAAUCUUUGGAAGCAGUUACUACCCUGACACUCAUUUAAAAAAAUCAUCUGAGUAUUGAUGCAAAUAGUCAGCCUGUCUGUACACGUAGAUGAGGCAGUUAAUCAUGUUUGUCAUGUUUUUGUAAUCAUGAGCAGGAUGAUCAGAAUCCAUUUAAAAAUCCCUGUCUUUUUUUCUUUUACAUUUCUGUAAACUAUCUGCCCAUAAUGGAUUUGGCUCCCAUUUACUUCAAUGAUUCCCUCUUUUUUUUUUGUUCCACACUAUGAAAGUGCCAUGUGAUUUCCCCACUGUCCUGUUAUGUCAUUUGCACCUUGUCUAGUUGGAUCCUUCAUGUGUGUCGCACUUUGUAAGCAUCUCUUCAGGAGUUGGAAAAGGUACGAGGAUUUGACGUGUUCUUUUUUUUACAAGAUUACUACUGUAUUUUGGUGUAUGGCAUUAACAGUGAUGUCAUCAAGACAUUUAUUUUCCAACACCUGUUAUAUAUUCUAUGGAACAAGAAUAUUUUUAUAACUUAAAGCAGUAUUAGAGGAUGAAUAAAAUGUGGUCUUAUGUUUAAUGUUAAUGCUGGGAUAGUUAUCACCCAUGUACAUUUUUUUUCUGUAACAUUGCUGACAGUUUCUAGUCCUGUAUAUAAUCCUUGCUUAUGCCUCCAGCAUCAAGGGAUUGGAUGCCUUGUAAGCUUUCAAGUGAUUAAGAGAAAUUAAAGUCUAAUGCAAAUUUA